GCACAACCAGUCGCUUUCUUACUCCCCUUCUGAUUGGCCAGUUCAAAUUUUUACCGGUUACCUUGUUUUCUAACCGUCAUUCGUGUCAAACCCGCUAAAAAGCUACAUUUUACAAGAUUACAGCUUUGAUUCAACUCUAAAUGAUUUAAUAUCUACCAAUUAACGUUAUUUUUUGCAAUACCUUAACUGUAUCUUGAUAAUGUCUUUCCCGAAAGCAAAAAUAACCAGAUUCAAUGAUAUCACAGAUUGCACACCAUCUCCAGCCCAUUACAACCCCAAAGGAAAUAACCGUAUGGUUGGAGGUGUUAUUACUGAUAAAGAUGAUAAUGGAUCCGUUUCAUCCACUAGCUCAACUCGUUUUCGUACUCCGAAGUCUGUUAAAAAAACGAAACCAUUUGCUUCAAAAGAAUCACUGAAAACUGAAGAUUCAGAAACUUUAAAGGAAAAAAUCGUUGAAUGUGAUAAUAAAGAUGCUUACAUACAAGAAUUACUUGACCAAUUAUCCAAUUUGAAAGAAGAAACUGUUUAUUUGCAAUCACAAAAAGAUUUAAUAGCAAAAGAAGCCAAUGAUUUUAAAUUAGAACUGAAGAAAAUCACUGAAGAACAUUCAAUGUCACUUCAAGUAAUCAAAUUGUGCUUUUCCAAUGAUCAGAAGAAGUUAAAUAAUCAAAUACGUGAUUUGGCAGAUGAAUGUGAUGAGUUGAGAGAUGCUCAUGAUGAGGUUUUAAAUUGGUUUUCUUUGGAAUAUGCAAAAGUUUCCGAUAGUAGUGAAAAGAUGACUGAAUUUUUUAAUACAUCUCUUGCUAAGUAUGCUUAUAACUUAGAUGACAGCCAUAAAAAAAUUGUGGAGAAAGAAAAUGAGUUGGAGUUGUUAGAAAGUAAGUUAGAUGCAGUUAAAUAUGCCCAUAAAAUUAGUAUUGAAAAUUGUUAUCAAACACAUCAAGAGAAUAUUAAAAAUUUAGAAAUGAGAAUCAUUGAGAAAAUGAGAGAUAUUGAAUUUGAUUGUCUUGAUGAUGAAUAUGUUGAAGUUAGAGAUGAAGAGGUACAAACUGAAGAUUUAUUUGAUUUAAUGCGACCUAUAUGCGACCCGAAAAGGGUUAAAAAAGAUAAACUGUCUCAAAACUGUAUAAGUCCAAAUACACCACUAGAUGUUAAAGGUUUAUCUGAUAUUAUUCAAAAUAAAUAUAAAGAAAAGUAUGAAAAACUUGAAAAUGAAAUAAAGUUAUAUAAUAAAAAUGAGAUAAAAGCUUUAAAGGUUUCUCAAAACAUUGAAAUUGAUGCUAUUAAGUCAGAAAAUGAUGUACAUUUACAACAAAUUAAGGAAAAUUAUGAUGAAUCACUUCAUUUAGGUAGAAUUCAAGCUGAAGAAGAAUGCAAAGUUAUUGAAUUAGAUUAUAAAGUGAAAUUGGAAGCAUUACAAGAUGAGAAUGAAGCUGUUUUAAGCGAAUGUGAAAAAAUUGGGGAAUACACUAUUUCUGAAAGUGAAUUAGAAAGAGAUAAACUAAAACAGGAGGUGAAUGAAAUCAAGAAUAAAUUAAUAGAGGAACAAAAAAAUAAAGCUGAUUUUCUUGAAUAUGACAAAUUAUGUAAGGAUUACGAUUUGGCUGUUGAUCAACAUAAAUCGCUGGAAACUGACUUAUUAAACGUUUUAUUAAAGAAACAACUCCAAAUAAAUAAUUUUAAAAAUGAUCAUUUUACUUAUAAUGUUACAAUACAUAAAACUCGAGAAACUAUUGAUGCCUUAACAAAAAGAUUAAUUGAAUCAGAUAAUGAUGUAGUUCAACUUAAAAAUGAAAUUAAAGAAAUGGAAGAAAAAGCUUUAAAUUUUGAUGAAAAAAAAUUAAAACUAAAUGAUGAAUUAGAUGGUUUAACAAAACUAAAUGAUGAUUUAAAAUUACAAAAGGAAUCCACAAGUAAAUUAUAUGAAAACAAUUUGAAAGAUUUGGAAAAUAAUUUAUUACAAACCGUCGAAAUGUACAAAGAAUCAGUCGCAAAAAUGAUUUCAGAUUAUAAAAUAAAAGCAGAAACAACCGAAUAUGAUCUACAAGAAGUUGUUAAGUGUUUAUACGAACAAGAAGUUGUUAACUCUGAAGCUUAUAACUUGAUUCAUUUAGCAAAUAACGAAAUAGAAGACUUGGAAAAAAAUAAUCGCCUCUUUGAAGAUAAAAUUUGUACAUUAAGACUAGAAUUAGAACAAUCAAAAUCAAAAAUCGAUCAACUCAAAACCUCAAAAAAAGAAAUGAAAGAAAAAUUAAAAUAUGAACAACUUCAAAAUGCUCAAUUACAAGAAGAAAUUAUUAAAUCCAAACAAGAACAAGAAGAAAUUGAAACGUUACACAAACAAAUUGCUCAAUUAAAAGAAAAGAAACAAACUUAUUCAGAAUAUUGUAAAUAUUAUAGCGCAAAAGCUAAAGAUUAUGAGGUCGUUAUUAACGAAAUGAAUGAAAUCAAUCGAAGUUAUAUCGAUCAGACUCAAAAGUAUGAGAAUUUAGUUCAAAAAUGUGAAGAGAUUAAUUCGAAAAACGAUGAAUUACAAAGAAUUGCAUCUGAAAAGGAGAUUUUGAUUGGACCAUUUAAACAACAAUUGGAAAAUUAUAAAGUUGAAUGGCAAAAUUUGAUUGCGCAAAAAACGGAUGCUGAAAAUGAAGCUAGAUCUGUUGGGAUGAGAUAUGCUGAAGUGUUGGGACAUCAAAAUCAAAAGCAAAAAAUUAAAUAUAUUGUUGAUUUAAAAGAGAAACAUUUUAGUUUACUCAAGGAAAAGGAAACGAUGGAGUCGAAACUUCGCGCCCAAACGAAAACUAUUGAAAAAUUGAAAUCUGAGUUAGCAAUGGUUGGAAAAUCGCCAAAAAAGAAGAAAGUAAAAGUAAUUAUUGUGAAGGAAAGUGAAGCAAAUAAAGAGAAUAGUUUGCAUGAAAGUUUUGCAAGUCCACUUAGGGAUAGGAACAGAGAUGAAUGAAUGUGUUCUUUGAUUUAAUUAGAGGCUAGUUUAUUAUAUUUAUGGAUUAACUUAUUCUUAUUAUCUAGUGCCAAAGUUUUCAUUUAGGUUAAAAUUCGUAUAUUUCUUUUUAUUGCUAAAAUCAUUUUGUAUUAGAAUAUUUUUCAAUAAAUAAACUCAAGGGUU